GCCCGCGCCCGCCCCCUCGUGCCCGUGUCAGAGUUCGUGUACUUGCUGUGAAGCAGCGAGGAAGCAGAGCUGGCCAGCCCGAAUCUUCUCAUGCUUGUCAUUUGUUUAGGCGCAACUGAGCUGCUAAUCAUUCAUUCGUGGGAGAUGAGAUGAGAGGAUUAUGACAAGCUCUGUUCAUUCUUUCGAGGACUGCUCCUGCUCCGCUUCUUCUUCAACCUCGCACUGUUGAUGCACACUGCUGCUGUCUUCUUCCUGCGUCCAUCUAUUGAAAUCUAUCCAAGAAAACCGGAAAGCAUUUCUGCUCUCCGCAUAGUUCUGCAUUCCGCCUCCUGGCCGUCUUCCUCCGGCGCCUCCCAGCUCCAUUGGCGCUCGUGACGAGCUGCGCGAGGAGGAGCAACAGCCAGCCUAAAUAUAGGCGCCGCGUACACUGAUCGAGCUCCAGGGAAUAGAGAAAGAGAGAGAGAAGAAAAUAAAGCGAAAUACUGGCCAGCGAGGAAAACGCGCGCGCGCGCCUCUUGAAUCCCAGCUCCCGCGCGCCGCAGCUUCGUUUCGGCGGCGUCUUCUUGACCGCUGAGCUCUCGCUGCUGCAAUGCGGCGGUGCCUGGCGGUUCUUGCAGAGGAAUAGGUGGCGUCCGCCUGUCUCUCUCUGCUGAGUCGCGCGUGCCGGGGGGAGAGAAAGAUGGCCGGGCCCGAGGGCACCGGCGCGGAGGCGACGGGGGAGAUGCGGUCGCUGGCGCUCACGCCCACCUGGUCGGUCGCCACCGUGCUCACGCUCCUCGUCGCCAGCUCGCUCAUCAUCGAGCGCUCCAUCCACCGCCUCAGCAAUUGGCUGAAGAAUACUCACCGGAACCCGCUCUACAAAGCAAUGGAGAAGAUGAAAGAAGAAAUGAUGUUGCUUGGCUUCAUAUCUCUGCUCCUGGCAGCGACGUCGAGGAUCAUCUCCGGUAUCUGCAUCGAUUCCAAGUACUACAACAGCAAGUUCUCCCCAUGCACCAAAGAAGAGGUCGAAGAGUCUUUGAGCGCCGAGCAUGCCCUGAUUCGCAAGCGCAACCACAUAGUCGAUGCCAUUCUGCACCAUUCUUUCAGGAGGAACCUUAAAGCGCAGUACCAUCACGUUCAGACUUGCCCUAAGGGCUAUGAGUCGUUUGUUUCGCAUGAAGGUUUGGAGCAGCUGCAUCGCUUCAUAUUUGUCAUGGCAGUAACCCAUGUGACGUACAGUUGCUUGACGAUGUUGCUAGCUAUACUCAAGGUCCAUACAUGGAGAAAAUGGGAAGAUGAAGCAUUUAGGGAUAAUCACGAAUCUUUUUCACAGAUUGCCUAUGUAUCAGCAACUAGAAGGCAACCACCAGCACUUACCAAAUCAUAUUCGUUCCGUUUUUGGAGUCAAAAUAAUGCGGUGAUGUGGGUGUUUUGCUUCCUCGCGCAAUUUGGACAAUCUGUUGUCCGAGCUGACUACCUUAUCCUCCGCAAGGGUUUCAUUAUGAACCACAAUCUUGCACCAACAUACGACUUCCACAAUUAUAUGAUACGCUCAAUGGAAGAGGAGUUUGAGAAGAUUGUUGGAGUGAGUGGAGUACUGUGGGGCUUUGUUGUUGCUUUCAUGUUAUUUAAUAUUGACGGAUCUAACCUGUACUUUUGGAUAGCCAUCCUCCCUGUUGCUCUUGUUCUUCUAGUCGGUGCGAAGCUGCAGCAUGUCAUAGCAACUUUAACAUCAGAGGGUGCAAGGCUGACUUCAUAUGGACCAAGGAUAAAGCCCCGCGACGAUCUCUUUUGGUUCAAGAAACCAAAGUUUCUCCUGUGGCUGAUUCAUUUUGUUCUCUUCCAGAAUGCAUUUGAGCUGGCUUCUUUCUUCUGGUUCUGGUGGCAAUUUGGUUAUGAUUCAUGCUUCAUCAAAAACCACCUACUGGUUUACUGCCGCCUUGUGUUGGGAUUUGCUGGACAGUUCCUCUGCAGUUACAGUACAUUGCCUGUUUAUGCCCUUGUCACACAGAUGGGAUCAAAGUACAAAGCUGCCCUGAUACCGAACAGGAUCAGAGAAACAAUGCACGGGUGGGGGAAGGCCGCGAGGAAGAGGAGGAAGAAGCGACGCGGCGACGACUCCACCAUCCGCACGGAGACCAGCACCGUGUGCUCCCUCGACUAUGAUGAUGAAGACGACGAUGACCAUGGUCAUUCUGAUGACGCCACGCCACCCAGGUUGCCGCCGUACCUGAAGAUCGAGCUUCGGCCAAUGCGGGGUGGUGGCGGUAUUCCAAGACCUGGCACACCGACCCACCAUCUUCCGAUCGGCAUGCUGCCCGGUAGCAGCUCGACCCCGCACGGAAGCUCCCAACACGCUCUUCUCCAGCGCCAGGCCUCGGCCUCGGCCUCUACGCCAUCAUCACCGCCACGGAACAGCCAUGGCCGCGGUGUAACGAGGUCGGCGUCAAUGCCUGGGAUAGCUACGCUGGUGACGACAGUUGGCGCGGGCACUCCUGCUCGGUUGAGCGAUGCCCAUGCAUAGAACUGUACUGGAUGCUGUGUCACUACCAUAGGAUGAUGAUGACUAAUGAUUGCAAUGCUAGGACCAUAGAUGAGAGAAAUAUAUACUUAAUUUUGUGUCCAUAGUACAAUGAUGUAUAACAUGAUAAAUUAUACUAGUGCACAUGUUUGAGGAUCUUCA